AUGCACAGAACCAUUUCGGGUAUCGUCCAGAGCUCAAUUCUUUCUGGGAGAGUAGAUGCUCUACUACUAGAGUUCUCCGACCUCCACGAUCCUGGUCGUUUACGCGACGUUCAGGGAUGUCGCUUGACGAGAGUCCAACAUUGGAAGAAACGCACGGGCCAACAGCACGAAUACCUCAUCUUCGACCUUGUUACCGCUGAAGGAGACACACGCCAGGUCAUCACACAACGCUUCUGGGGCACUGACAAUCCCCGCACACGAAGCCCUAUUAACUCUUCCAAUGGCCUGGCAGACGCCAGCGGCCGCUCGUCGCUGGCUCUGGGCAGUAAAGCUGCGAGGUUCGAUGAGUAUAAGGUGGUAUUCGAUGCUGCCGAAGAAGUCGACACCGCACAUGCGACCCUUAUAUUCACAUAUACCUUUCCUGCCGACAAUCGUCCCGAUAUCAUCCAACUCGCGGUCCUCGCAAACUGUGUCAGCGACGCCGGCCCUCGCUACCAUCUCUAUUCGACGAUGUGUUACUGGUUCGCCAGAAUCUUAUACGAAACAGCCUUCCAUCUAUUCCCCGGAGGCCAGGAGAUCAGGGGAGAAAAGUGGUACUACCGUGGCCGCUUCAAAACAUACAGAUUCGUGAACGAUGAGUGCCGAUUUUGCUACGGCGAGUUAGCUCCUGGUGGCCGUCUCGCCAAGCUACUUUUGACAUCUUCGGACACAAACAACAUUGCACAAACCACCGAAGUCACAACAUGCGCCCAAAAUGAGCAGGAGGACAACAUCAAUCUCUCAGCGGAACCUCCGCAGAAGGCCUUGAAUAAAAAACUAAUACCGCCUGCUUCUGAUCGCGUCGCUCCUGGGCCUGUUCUGCAUAUCAUUGAGCUGUAUAGAAGCAAAUACAGCGAGUUUAUGCAAACAGUAAGUAUCACGGCUCUCCUUGUCGAGCCCCUUCAUUGUAGAAUCAGAGAUGGAGCUUCGUUGGCAUGA